UUAUUGUGUCAGUUUUUUAGUGCGCGUGCACGCAGUGAAUAUUUUCUGCAGCUUUUCAGCGUCUUCUUUUGCUGCAAUACUCAGAGAGAGAGAGUGAUAAGGAGUCAUCCCGGCGACGAAGUUAGCCUUCAAUCCACGUUCAGUCAACGUCGACAUGUCAGAGAGCUUGUUGCACUUCUUGGGCGUCGCACUUGAGCUGUAGCAAUUUGGAUAAGUUUGUGUGAUUGGGAGAGAGACUUUGAGGACAAGAGAGACAAUUAUGCUCCUGCUGCGCAAGCGGAAGUUUAUCAAGAGGUGAAGACAAAAACAAAAAUACGGCGCUUUUGGCCUUUCAAAUCCAAUGGUGAGGUGGUGUUUUUCUUGAGAGAAAACAGAGAGCCAAUAGAGAUAGUGUGAAUCCUGUAGAGAUCCUCACGCGCACACACAAAAAGACACACAGCAGAAUUGUCCCCAAUUACAGAGGACAAUCAAAAGCCUUCCAUUGAAGAGUUUCGAAAGAAAGAAAGACCAAAAUGAGCAGUCUGACAAUUCAUCGAAUCAUUAAUAAUCUCUUUUCGUCGACGGUGCUUCCCGGAUUGUUUGUCUUUGCUUGGCUGGCCGGUUUGUAAGUAGAAGAUUUCCAAUCAAAAUUUACUCUCUUUUCUUUUUCCUCAUGAAGCAGAAAAUAUCAACACACUAAUCCUGUUGUUUUUUUACGGUGUGUGAGAGAAAGAGGGAAUUUUUGUGCGCGCGUGCAAAGGUGCUGAAAAAUGCCAUCAGGCUUCCUUACUAAUUUCUUUGUCGUCCUGUCCAUUUCAUGUGCAUUCACCAGCAUUUCAUUCAUCACACUUAAAGUCUGUCUCGUGGGAUUCGUGAUUUUCUUUAUCAUUUUGCCGCUCAUCUUUAGAUUUUGCGUGCCUCUUCAGCGUGGAAUUCUCUUCCUGACAUUCAUAACUUACCCACCAAAUAUUGACUUCAGUCGGCCGGAGAAGUCAGGCUUGUGCGCCGUGCGCAACUACUACGUGACCCACCGCGAUGAUGAGGAGAAUGCGGACAUUGAGCUGGGCGUGUGGCAUCUGUUGCCGGGCUUCGUGGCGCGACGCUUCGCACGUCAGUUGAAUGUUCCCGCCAAGGCGCUGCUCAAUAUCACGGACAGUGAGUCGGAGACUCUUUCGGCGCCCGUCGAGGAGGCGCUCAGUGCGCUGGCGGCGCGCUACGACGAUCACAUUGGCGACGAGGAGAAGCAGGCGUUCUUCGAGGAGGUGCUGGCCAAGGUUCCGUGCUCAGUUGUCCUGUAUCUGCACGGCAACACGGCAUCGCGCGCCGCGCCGCAUCGCGUGGAACUCUUCCAGGUGCUGCAGCGCAUGGGAUAUCACGUGGUGGCGUUGGACUAUCGCGGCUACGGCGAUUCGGGGCGCGUGCAGCCGACGGAGGCGGGCGUAGUGCGUGACGCACUGGCGAUCUUCGCGCACAUCCGCGAGCGCACGGACAAUCCGGUGUUCCUGUGGGGCCACUCGCUGGGCACGGGCGUGUCCACGCACAUGCUGGCGCUCAUGCACCGGACGCGUCUGCCCGCGCCGCCGGCCGUCGUGCUCGAGAGUCCGUUCAAUAACAUUCGCGAGGAGAUUCGCGAGCAUCCGUUCUCCAAGUUCUAUCGCCACCUGCCCUGGUUCGACUUCACCAUCUCGCAGCCGAUGUACGUGAACAGCCUGCGCUUCGAGUCGGAUGUGCACAUUGGCGAGUUCCCGCAGCCCGUGCUCAUUCUCCAUGCCGAGGACGAUCUCGUGGUGCCCUUCAAGCUCGGCUACAAGCUCUACCGGCGCGCCCUGGACGUGCGACGGAAGGCCUGGGGCCCCGUGGAGUUCCAUCGCUUCGAGGGCUCCAGUCACUAUGGCCACAAGUUCAUCUGUCGCGCCCCAAAUCUGCCCGACAUUGUGCGCAAGUUCUUCGACACGUAUCGCAAUGAGAAGUUCUAGGCCACAUCGUAGGUACUCCUCCUCAGUGUAUAAAGUCAGUCUAAUCGUUAUUAAAGUGUGUAUAAUUCUAAA